UUUACUUCUUAGUUUCUCUCACGUACGACGAAGACUUUCUCGUGGAAACACGGAGAACCAAAAAACAGAAGAGAAGCGAUAUGAAACGAAGAAACAAACAAGAUCAUCGUCCCUUUUGCCUUUAGGGCACAAAGGGGAAGCCUUUUUCACUGGGUAUGUGUUGAGAAUUUGGGGUUUUUAGGUUUUUGGCUCAGAAGAGAGAAUCUGGGAUCUUAAAAAUCGAAACUUUCUAGAUGUGGUUUUAGUUCAACUUAGUUGUAGAAGAUGGGAUCAAAUCAAGGUUCUUCCAGGUUAGAUACGUUAGAGAUUAAAGCUCUCAUUUACCGGGAAAUUGGGAAUCAAAGAGCUGAGAGUUACUUCAAUCAGCUCGGAAGAUUCUUUGCCUUGAAGAUCACCAAAUCUGAAUUCGACAAGUUGUGCAUCAAGACCAUUGGUAGACAAAACAUCCAUCUUCAUAACCGUCUUAUACGUUCCAUCAUCAAGAAUGCUUGUAUUGCCAAAUCUCCACCAUUUAUAAAGAAAGGUGGGAGCUUUGUUAGAUUUGGUAAUGGGGAUUCGAAGAAGAACAGUCAAAUUCAGCCGCUUCAUGGAGAUUCUGCGUUUUCUCCUUCGACUCGUAAAUGCAGGUCAAGGAAGUUGAGAGACAGGCCAAGUCCACUUGGUCCACUUGGGAAGCCUCAUAGUUUAACUACGACGAAUGAGGAGUCAAUGUCAAAGGCACAAAGUGCUACUGAAUUGUUGUCUCUAGGAAGUAGACCUCCCGUGGAAGUUGUGUCUGUGGAGGAAGGAGAAGAAGUUGAACAAAUAGCAGGAGGAAGUCCAAGUGUUCAGAGCCGGUGUCCUCUCACUGCUCCGCUUGGUGUUUCUAUGAGUCUUAGGAAUGGAGCUACUAGAAAGUCUGUUUCCAAUGUGUCUAUGUGUAGCAGAAGUUUCAACCGCGAGACUUGUCAGAACAACGGUGAGCUACCUGAUACAAGAACGCUGAGGAGUCGGUUGGAGAGGAGAUUGGAGAUGGAGGGGCUAAAGAUAACUAUGGACUCUGUUAGUCUUCUUAAUAGCGGAUUGGAUGUGUUUAUGAGAAGGCUGAUUGAGCCUUGUUUGAGUUUGGCUAAUACUCGAUGUGGGACUGAUCGGGUUAGAGAGAUGAAUUACCAGUAUACACAGCAAAGCAGAAGGCUUUCAUAUGUAUCGAUGUCAGAUUUUCGUGCUGGUAUGGAGUUGAAUACUGAGAUACUUGGAGAAGAUUGGCCUAUGCAUAUGGAGAAGAUCUGCUCCCGUGCUUCAGAUAAGUAAAGAACAAACAUCAUAGGUUAGAUACAUAGCAUUUGAGUUUUCUGGUUUGGUUUGCGCUGUUGAAAAAAGUUACUGGGAUGGUCCAAGUUUCAAUGGAAGAAGGUUUUGAAGAGAAGAAGGGUGGGUCUUCUUGAUGUUGUACAAGUUCAGAUAAUAGAGUGAGAUUUAAGUAAGAGUUUUUUUUGAAGUAAACGACAUUUUGUUUAGCUGAUUUGUUUUUCUCUCAUGUGUAUUUUUCCUUGUUUGCUCUCUGAUGUAAACAAAGUUAAUAAUGAAAGCAAAAAAGGCUUCUUGAAAA